AUGAUGUCGAUUCAGAAGACUGCAGGCCAAAGCAUCAUGAGCAGCGGCGGUCGUUUACCGGAUUCACCGUGCUGGACGUACUGUGAUGAUGAUAUUGAUGGGGUGCCGCGUAUCUACGGUGACCGCAGUGCACAGGCCACGUACGGUUGUGCGAUUGGACAUGGUGGGGACCGUGGUUCACUGGUGUACAGCAUUGGCAAGGACCUUCUACCGCUUUUUCACUCUGCCCAUCCCUUGGCGUUCAAGAUGUACCCUGUCAGCAUCACAGAAAAUGAGCUGGAGUUUAUUCGUGUGCUAUUUUCCAGUGAUGUUGCCGCUUCCUUUACCACUGGUGAGGAGUGCGGACUGUGUCGUAAAGUUCCAUAUUUGGUGUUACCACUGGCGAUUGUCUCAAUUGAUGGCGUUGAUCGCGGUAUUCUUAUGAUGCAGCAGGACUAUAGUCUCAAACAGUUUCUUCUUGCUAGCGGCACCGGUUGUAAUUCCGUCAGCGGAGGUAUUCCUAUGGAAAAUGACAUGGACGAUGAGGAUACCUCUCUCCGCUCACGGCAGUCAUUUGAGCCAAUUCAUUCCUGCGCCGUUAUUACGGCGAUUGCAUUUCAACUGGUGGUGGCAAUCACCGCACUAAAUGAAGAAUUACCGCAUCUUGUGGAAGGCGUGCACUGCAGCGGCUUCACACACAACGAUAUUCAUCUCGAUAACAUUCUCCUCGAUGCCACCGCCGGCCGUGUGGGGCUAUGCGACUUUGAGCUUGUCGCCCACGCCCCUGAGCGAUCCCCAUCACCGUUGCUAUCACCGUCGAACUCCAAUCACAAUAAUGGCCCUUCCCACUCGCACUGUAAUUCUCAUGAGAGUACGCCCACUGUUGUGCCCUCGCGACUUCACACCCGCAUGGCGCCGCACCGUCUGCCGCCGUUAAGCCGCCAGUCCCCGCACGGUCUUUUCAGCCGCGGCGCCGACACGUGGGCCCUCGCGCUCGCCCUCCUGUCGCUCUUAACAGGCGUCGACCCGCUCUUCGCCGACGCGCGGCUGAUGGACGACUUUGGCGGCGGUCCGCUGCUGCAGCGCCACACCGACGCCGACGGCUCCGCGCCGGUGCUCGACUGGGACGCCAACAUUCACGAUCACAUUCUCCGCCUGCUGUGGCGCGACGACCCAAGCGGGGCACGGGUGCGGGAGGCGGGGCCGCUGCUGGCACUAUGCGGGAAAUGUCUCGUCAACCGAGAUGGCGCCCGCGCGUGUUCGGCGGUGGAACUUCUCUAUGAGCCGCUCUUCCGCGAAUACCUUCAGGCUCCGCGAGAGGCGGAAAGAGUGCUGCACGCGUGGAUUGAGAGAAGGGCUGCCGGCCCCCACUGA